AUGGCCACUGCCAUCAAGAAAUUCUUUAAAAAGAAAGGGUCCCGUUCUGGUCAUGAAUCCGACGACCAGCCAAAAACUCCAACUUCUUCACGAGUAUCCGGGGAGACUUUUGAGUCUGCGGCGGAGAAUCAACCUGCUAUCACUCAAAUUGCAACGAGUUCCCCUGAUGAAACCCAGCCUGCCGGUUCUCAACCUGCUGUCAGUACAGUCGUUGCUCAGGUCACUGCUCUAUCGUCUACUACCAUACCGGCGAGUACUCCUAUUGGUACUCAGUCUACCGCUGGUCCGUCUGUUGCUACUCAGUCUACCUCUACUCAUCCUGGCGUGGAGAAAGCCAGUGCUACAAAAGAAGCACAACAACCUGAACGGAAACGCAAAGUUCCUGCUCCGGGGGAAAGUAGUAUGCCCAUGUCGCACCCGCCCAGCCCGACACCAGCCGGGGAUGAUGCACAUGCUGCGUUAAAGAGAAAAGUUCAGAAUGUGGAGGUCCUUAAAGAAGGAAUAUAUGAAGUUCGUCUUGAUGAAAGAUUGCCAGAAAAGGAUCAAGAAAUAGGACUCCUCCGUAACCAACUCUGGCAAACCCGCGAACAACGCGACAAACUCGACAAGGAAUUAUCAGAAGCGAAUCACGAGCUAGCCAAACGUACCACUGAGAUGCAAGCUUUAGAAAAAAAGCAUAAAUCCGAACUUGACCAUGCCGUUCAGAAUCAGAAAGAGGUCCUGACUGUUCAGAUAUUGCAGUUGAAGAAGGAGAUUGAAGAUAGUAAGGAGGAAAAGAGUCGGGCUGGGCAGAGGGAGGCAGAGGUUAAGAGCGAACUUGAAAACGUCAAGAAACAGACCGACAAUUUUAAACAGCAAAAGGAAAAAGUUGAGAGCAAGGUCAAGGAUCUUCAAGCGCAACUGGAAGAUGUCACCGUAAUGGUAGGAGAGUUGCAGGCGGAAAAUAAAAGCCUUCACCAGAAACUCAUUGAUCGCGACUCGGAAUCUGAUGCCACUGCAACUCAGUUGAAGAAACUAAACGAGGAUAAACAACGCAUUACUGCCGAAUUGCAACAAACACAGGCCGUUAGGAACAAAAUUGCACAAACUAGUGAAGAACAUGACAAGGAAUACGAGCAGAAAAUGAAGGCAUUGACAGAUGAAUUAAAUACUACCAAAAAAAGUUGUACGAAAACCCAAGCAGAGUUGGAAUCCACAAUAACAGCGCUCAAAGAACGCGAAAAAGACCUCACUGCAGUGAAUGAGAAGAUCAUUGUCCUUACCACCCAGCUCAACGAUGCUCAAGCGGCCACGCAAGAAGCCACGGACAAGGAACAAACUGCAUCAAAUGCUUUAAAAACUUUUCAGAGCAAGUUGAAAGCACUUGUGGACAGGUUAGAAAAGCGGAAAGGAGGGGAAGCGAAAAGAAAGCCGAAACAGGAUGCCAUUGACGAAUUGCUGAUCAUGGUUGAGCAGAAUCUAGAGUAUUUACAUACAUCCGUUGCCGAAACCGAUACCACACAAGGCCCUAGUGCAAAGGCAUCUCCAAGAGAAGAGGAAACUAAGAAGAAGGCAGCGCGGUUGACUAAAGAUCAAAAGGGUAAAGGCGAGGAACAAACAAUUGGUAGUGACAAAGAACGAAAAGAGACUCCCGCUGCUCCUAUGCAGGACCAGGGUACAUCGACACAGCCUGACACCUCGUUGCCACCUCCCCCACGCCUAACCCGCGUUAGUAAAGCUCGACCCACUUCCUCCCACUUUAUAGGCACCAAAUUCUUCUCCUCAUCUCCUCGUGAGCGCCUUCCAUCUGGGCAAACCUUUGGAACGGUGCCUUUGACUGAACAAGAGGAGGAAAGGGUUUCUCCGCAAUGGAAGGUUGAAGGGCAAGAAAGGCCGUGGUAUGAUCAGCGGUUGACUUUGGAUCUGGAUGCCGGUAACGAGAUGGAGAAAGGUUUGUUGCGUACUUGAGUAUCGGUGGUAUAUUUGCUUGGAAUUGGCAGGGCGGCGCUUGGUUGCUUAAGUCGUACGUGGUCAUUUUCACAUAUUGCAAGACGUGCUCUCGAGCUGAUGUGAUGUAUUCAAGGCCAUUCUUGUAAAAUAUAGUGUUCAAUAUCUGGUCCGUUGCAAAC